AUGGCGCAAGCGCGCUCCCGCGAUCCGCUCACCUCCGCCUCCCUCCUCCUCCUCCUCUUCCUCAUCGCCAGUGCCGGUCACGGGAUCCCACCCGGGUUCCGUCGCGGCCCCACACUCUCUGCCGCGUCCGUCACCGAUGGUGCUCCCGCCCUUGCUCUGCACCUACCCGCCACUCCCAGCGACCGCCGGCGACGCCGCCAGUUCUCCGCCGCCAGCUUUCAGAAGGCGGAGAACCGGACCGCCAGCGCUCGGAUGAGACUUCACGAUGAUCUUCUUACUAACGGGUAUUAUACUACUAGGCUUUGGAUCGGGACACCGCCUCAAGAAUUUGCUUUGAUUGUGGAUUCGGGGAGUACGGUGACCUAUGUUCCGUGUUCUUCUUGCGUGCAGUGCGGUAAUCAUCAAGACCCAAGAUUUCAACCUGAUUUGUCAAGCACCUAUCAACCUGUAAAAUGCAAUAUAGAUUGUACUUGCGAUGUUGACAAUUCACAGUGUACUUAUGAAAGACAAUAUGCUGAGAUGAGCUCCAGUAGUGGUGUUCUUGGCAAGGACAUUGUGUCGUUUGGCAGUCAAAGUGCACUUGUGCCUCAGCAUGCUGUUUUUGGUUGUGAAAAUUCUGAGACUGGUGAUCUAUUCAGUCAACAUGCUGAUGGGAUAAUGGGGCUUGGUCGUGGACCUCUCAGUAUCGUGGAUCAACUUGUGGAGAAAGAAGUGAUCAGUGAUACCUUUUCAUUAUGUUAUGGUGGUAUGGAUGUAGGUGGGGGCGCUAUGGUUCUUGGCGAACUGCCUCCUCCUACUGAAAUGGUCUUUUCACGGUCUGAUCCCGUCCGCAGCCCAUAUUAUAAUAUUGAGCUGAAGGAAAUACACGUUUCUGGGAAGCCAUUGCGGUUGAAGCCAAAGGUUUUUGAUAGUAAGCAUGGGACCGUCUUGGAUAGUGGCACUACGUAUGCAUAUUUACCUGAAGAAGCAUUUCAAGCAUUCAAAGAUGCUAUUGUAAGGAGCCUACAUCUCAAACAAAUCCCCGGUCCAGAUCCAAACUACAAUGAUAUCUGUUUUUCUGGUGUGGCAAGGGAUGUAACUGAACUCUCAAAUAUCUUCCCUGAGGUUGCUAUGGUUUUUGGCAAUGAACAAAAACUGUCAUUAUCUCCUGAAAAUUACUUGUUCCGGCAUUCUAAGGUCCACGAUGCUUAUUGCCUUGGAGUCUUCCAGAAUGGAAAAGAUCCAACAACACUCUUAGGAGGAAUUGUUGUCCGUAAUACCCUUGUAACUUAUGAUCGUAGCAAGGAAAGAAUUGGGUUUUGGAAAACCAAUUGUUCUAAAUUAUGGGAAACACUGCAGAUCAAUGGAGCUCCAUCACCAGCUCCCUCUAGUUCUUAUAACAGGGAAGCCAUGACAGGGCUGUCACCAGCACCAGCUCCCACAGAAUUGUCAAGUUAUAUUCGACCAGAUCAACUUCAAAUUGGGCUUAUAACCUUUGAUAUGUCAUUAAGCAUGAAGUAUCCAGAUCUAAAGCCUCACAUAAAUGAACUGACAGAGUUGAUUGCGCAUGAAUUGGAAGUCAAUGGGAGCCAGGUCCAUUUGACAAAUUUUACGAGUAUAGUAAAUGGUACCCUGAUAAAAUGUAUUAUUCUUCCAUCAGGAUUGGGCUUUAUUUCUAAUGCAACAGCGAUGGGAAUAAUCUCUCGCUUAACUGAACAUCGUGUCCGCCUUCCUGAAAAUUUUGGAAAAUACCAGUUGCUUGAAUGGAAAGUAGAACCUCUAUCAAGAAGGUCAUGGUGGCAUCGGCAUUUACUGGGAGUAAUAAUAGGAAGUUUAGCUCUUGUGCUGCUCAGUUUUUCUGUUUUCACUGUUUGGUUCUUCUUUAGACGCAAAUCCGGGGAGCUUGGUUCAUACAGCCAUGUGAAUUCUGCUCAUCCAGAACGAGAGCUCCAGCCUUUGUAGAUAAAAGAUCAGUCACUUGCAGCCUUGCCUUAAAAAGAGGGUAAAAUGAUAGUGAAAUUGUAAAUUGUCACUAGUCCUGUUUAAAUUUUCACAAUUUUAGGGCGGACUAUUCUUUUUAAAGAUUAUUAUCAAGUAGUUUAUUUUUAUUACUAUAAUUUGAGGUGUUCUGGGCUUAAGUUUGGGAUGCCAUAUGUUCGUUUCAUCCAAAAACAAUCAAUACAGAAAUCAUGUACAAUAAGGCUUAGUAAGGAAAAUAAAUAUUGUAAUUUUAGUAGUCUGUA